GCAGCCCCUCCCCCGCUACAGGCGGGAACAGGAUGUGAGCCCCGGCAACAGCGGGGGAGGGGAAGCCCCGGGCGACCGCCCCCCGCCUCACAGCUGGGACCGGACUCUCCCGCCCCAGAUGUGGCGCCGCCGCCGUCACACGAGCCCCGUGACACCCAGCCGGGAGCCCGAAGGGUCCAGAGGCUCGGACCCGGGCGUCCGGAAUUUCUGCACCUCAUCCUGAGAGACCCCGAGGUCCAGGCCCCGGCGCCCAGGCUGGAGAAGUUGAGCCAUCCAGGUGUGCAGCGCCCCCUCCUGGAGCAGCCAGGAGCCCGGACGUCACCCCGCGGGACCCUGGAGGCCGAGCGCCCCGUAUCCCCGUUUCAAGAACUCAGGAUCCAGGACCGCAGACUCCCUCCAGGGCUCCGAUCACAAGACCCCGCGUUGGAGGAACUUGAGAUCCGGACUUCUAAGCGCCCCAACCAGUUUCGGGCUGCAGCGGCCAUCACUUCAAGGGGACCCAGGACUUUGGGACCCCCCUGUGCUCCCACCUGGAGGGAGUUUCAUUCCUGCCCCUAGAAUUAGGGGAACCCAGAAAUCCAUCCCCCACCCCACGGCCCUACCUAGAAGACUUAGGAAUGUGGGUCCCCAGCGCCGCCAUCUGAGACUCCAGAGUCGAGGCUCCUAGCAUCCCCUACGUAGAACACUGAAAAAUUCCGACUGCGGGACCCCAGUCUCCGAGAGACCCCAGAUUCUAUUCCUGGAGCCUGAGAGCCUGAAGUUCACGCCCCUGAGUCUAGGCUCCGCACCUCCCCGGGGACCGCGUCGGGGUCGCGCAGGAGCUGGGCUACCUCGGGCCGGGGCUGGAGGCUCCCCGGGAGUUACUCCCAGGGACCCCUCCCUGGAUUUACGCCACGCUCCUAAUUCCCAGCCCCCAUCUGUGAGUCUGGGCGGCGGAGAGGCCCAUGGGGUCCUGAUAUCCAAGAAGGGGCUCUUUCUGCAGGACUCUGCUGGGCCGCUCAGCCAUGCCUGAGGGAGCCCAAGGACUGAGCCUCUCCAAACCUAGCCCAAGCCUCGGGUGUGGCCGAAGAGGUGAAGUGUGUGACUGUGGCACCGUGUGUGAGAAUCGGACAGCAGCUCCUGCAGCCCCCACCAUGGCCUCCCCCCGAGGUUCUGGGAGCUCCACAUCCCUGAGCACAGUGGGCUCUGAGGGGGAUCCAGCCCCCGGGCCCCUUCCAGCCUGCUCAGUCUCCAGACCAGAGCCCCUUCCAGGGCCCCCCAUCCGCCUACAUCUCUCUCCGGUGGGGAUCCCAGGUUCAGCCAAACCCUCAAGGCUGGAGCGUGUGGCCCGGGAGAUCGUGGAGACAGAACGGGCCUAUGUCAGGGACCUCCGCAGCAUCGUGGAGGACUACCUGGGCCCUCUGCUGGACGGCGGGGUCCUGGGGCUGAGCGUGGAGCAGGUGGGCACGCUGUUUGCCAACAUUGAGGACAUCUACGAGUUCAGCAGCGAGCUUCUGGAGGACUUGGAGAACAGCAGCAGCGCCGGGGGUAUUGCCGAGUGCUUCGUGCAGAGGAGCGAGGAUUUUGACAUCUACACAUUGUACUGCAUGAACUACCCGAGCUCCCUGGCCCUGCUCCGGGAGCUGUCAUCGUCUCCGCCAGCAGCCCUGUGGCUGCAGGAGCGCCAGGCCCAGCUUCGCCACUCGCUGCCCCUGCAGAGCUUCCUGCUGAAACCUGUCCAGCGCAUCCUCAAGUACCAUCUGCUGCUGCAGGAACUAGGGAAGCACUGGGCAGAGGGCCCGGGCACUGGGGGCCGCGAGAUGGUGGAGGAAGCUAUUGUGUCCAUGACAGCGGUUGCCUGGUACAUCAACGACAUGAAGCGCAAGCAGGAGCAUGCGGCGCGCCUCCAGGAAGUGCAGCGGCGGCUGGGUGGCUGGACCGGACCAGAGCUCAGUGCUUUUGGGGAGCUGGUGCUGGAGGGCGCGUUCCGAGGAGGUGGAGGGGGUGGCCCCCGGCUACGAGGGGGUGAGCGGCUGCUCUUCCUGUUCUCUCGGAUGCUGCUGGUGGCCAAGCGCAGGGGGCUGGAGUACACCUACAAAGGCCACAUCUUCUGCUGCAACCUGAGCGUGAGCGAGAGUCCCCGAGACCCUCUAGGGUUCAAGGUGUCUGAUCUGACCAUUCCCAAGCACAGACACCUGCUCCAGGCUAAGAACCAAGAAGAGAAGAGGCUGUGGAUUCACUGUCUCCAGCGCCUCUUCUUUGAGAACCACCCCGCCUCCAUCCCUGCCAAGGCAAAGCAAGUUCUCCUUGAAAACAGCCUGCAUUGUGCCCCCAAAAGUAAGCCUGUCCCAGAACCCCUGACACCCCCACUUGGGUCUCCUCGACCUCGAGAUGCUAGAAGUUUUACCCCUGGGCGAAGGAACACAGCUCCAUCUCCUGGGCCCUCUGUGAUCCGCCGAGGCCGCAGGCAGUCUGAGCCGGUGAAGGACCCUUAUGUCAUGUUCCCACAGAACGCUAAGCCUGGAUUCAAGCACGCUGGCAGCGAAGGGGAACUCUACCCCCCAGAAUCUCAGCCACCAGUUUCAGGCUCUGGACCCCCUGAGGAUCUGGAGGAUGCUGGACCCCCAACACUGGACCCCUCUGGGACCUCAAUCACUGAAGAAAUACUGGAACUGCUGAAUCAGCGAGGCCUUCGAGAUCCAGGGCCGUCCACCCAUGACAUUCCCAAGUUCCCCAGAGACUCCCAGGUGCCUGGCGACAGCGAAACCCUCACAUUCCAAGCCCUGCCCAGCCGGGACUCUUCAGAAGAGGAGGAGGAGGAAGAGGAAGGGCUGGAGAUGGAUGAACGGGGGCCUUCCCCACUCCACGUCCUGGAAGGGCUCGAAAGUUCCAUUGCAGCUGAAAUGCCCAGCAUUCCCUGCCUUACCAAAAUUCCUGACGUGCCCAACCUUCCUGAAAUUCCCAGCCGCUGUGAAAUUCCCGAAGGUUCCCGCCUUCCUAGUCUCUCUGACGUUUCCGAUGUUUUUGAGAUGCCCUGCCUUCCAGCCAUACCUAGUGUCCCCGACACCCCCCGUCUUUCUAGCACUCCCACCCUCUCCUGUGACUCCUGGCUCCAAGAGCCUCUGCAGGAACCAGCUGAGGCUCCAGCCACCAGGAGAGAACUGUUCUCUGGAAGCAAUCCUGGGAAACUGGGAGAGCCACCUUCAGGAGGCAAGGCAGGGCCAGAGGAAGAUGAAGACGGGGUAUCAUUCGCAGACUUCCAGCCCCAGGAUGUCACCCAACAUCAGGGAUUCCCAGAUGAGCUGGCAUUCCGCUCUUGCUCAGAAAUCCGGAGCGCCUGGCAGGCAUUGGAGCAGGGACAGCUGGCCCGCCCAGGCUUCCCAGAGCCACUGCUGAUCCUGGAGGAUUCGGAUCUGGGUGGAGACAGCGGGAGCGGGAAGGCAGGAGCCCCGAGUUCAGAAAGGACAGCGUCCCGAGUGCGAGAGCUGGCCCGGCUUUACAGCGAGCGGAUCCAGCAGAUGCAGCGGGCGGAGACUCGGGCAUCAGCCAACGCCCCACGCCGCCGGCCUCGGGUUCUGGCCCAACCCCAGCCAUCCCCCUGUCUGCCCCAGGAGCAGGCAGAGCCAGGGCUCCUGCCUGCCUUUGGACACGUGCUGGUAUGUGAGCUGGCCUUCCCACUGACAUGUGCUCAGGAGUCUGUCCCCCUGGGUCCUGCUGCCUGGGUUCAAGCUGCCAUACCUUUGUCGAAGCAGGGAGGCAGUCCGGAUGGCCAGGGUCUACAUGUUUCAAAUUUGCCUAAGCAAGACCAUCCGGGCAUCCACGUUUCAGCUGCUACCCUUUUGCCUGAGCAAGGAGGUUCCUGGCAUUUCCAGGCUCCAGCCACCACACCUUUGCCCAAGCAAGAAGGCCCCCUGCACCUCCAGGUGCCAGCUCUUACAGCUUUCCCUGAUCAAGGCCACCCGGAAAUCCAAGUUCCAGCCACCACUCUUUUGCCUGAGCAUAGAAGUCAUGUGGUUAUACCGGCUCCAUCCACCACCUUUUGUCCUGAGCAGAGACACUGUGUGGACAUCCACGUUCCCACCACUCCAGCUUUGCCCAAGGAGAUUUGUUCUGAUUUCACAGUUUCAGUCACCACCCCUGUGCCCAAGCAAGAAGGUCACCUAGACAGCGAGAGCCCAACCAAUAUCCCACUGACAAAGCAAGGAGGUUCCAGCGAUGUUCAGGGCCCAGACCCUGUCUGCAGUCAAUCCAUCCAGCCUUUAUCUUUGCAUGGAAGUAGCCUGGAUCCCCAGGGCCCAGGCGACGCCCUACCGCCCUUGCCAUGUCACCUUCCAGACCUUCAGAUUCCAGGUACCUCACCUUUGCCUGCACAUGGAAGCCACCUGGACCAUCGGAUCCCAGCCAACGCCCCACUGUCUUUGUCCCAGGACCUCCCAGACACUCAGGUUCCAGCUACCACACCUUUGCCCCUGCCACAAGUCCUCACAGACAUCUGGGUCCAAGCCCUCCCAACUUCACCCAAGCAGGGAAGCCUCCCAGACAUCCAGGGUCCAGUGGCUGCACCUCCACUUCCGGAGCCAAGCCUUACAGAUACACAGGUUCAGAAACUCACACCUUUGUUGGAGCAGAAGAGCCUCACAGAUGCCCAUGUUCCAGUUGCCACACCUUUAGCGGAGAGAGGAGGCUCUCUAGACAUUCAGGGCCUCUUACCCACCCCAGUUCAGACCACCAUGGUUUUGUCCAAACCAGGAGGCUCCUUAGCCUCUCAUGUUGCCAGGUUGGAGUCUUCAGACUUGACCCCACCUCAUAGUCCCCCACCUUCCAGCCGUCAGCUCCUGGGCCCCAAUGCAGCUGCCCUCUCCAGAUACCUGGCAGCCUCAUAUAUCAGCCAGAGCCUGGCUCGGCGGCAGGGGCCUGGGGGAGGGGCCCCCGCAGCCUCCCGGGGCUCCUGGUCCUCUGCUCCCACAUCACGGGCAUCUUCGCCGCCCCCCCAGCCCCAGCCACCACCUCCCCCAGCCAGGCGGCUCAGCUAUGCCACGACGGUUAACAUCCACGUGGGCGGGGGUGGGCGGCUUCGGCCAGCCAAGGCCCAGGUCCGGUUGAACCACCCUGCUCUCUUGGCCUCCACACAGGAAUCUAUGGGCCUUCGCAGGGCCCAGGGGGCUCCUGAUGCCCCCUUCCACAUGUGAGCCAGGACAUGAGGCUUCCCUGAAGCAAGGAUUUCAGCCAGAUGCCAUAGACCCUCAGAACUUGACCUGGAAGUCCAGACACUGAACGCAGGCCUCAAAACUGCUGCGGCUUUCCAACUCCUGGUAUCUGCAUCGGCGAAUGGCCCUUCUUGCCUUGAUCCACAGGGAUGGGGAAGGGAAUGUCAUUAAUGUUUUGUCAAUUAAUACUGAUUCUUUCAUGCAA